AUGGCGUUUGAGACAACUAUGAGUGACUACGAGCAUUUGUCAUUUUUCUGCAUUAAAUCUCAAUUCAAAAAAGUCAAACUACCUAGUGCAGUUAAUGCAGUUUCUAAUAAUAAUAAAAUAAUUUCAAACAUUGAACUGGUUUCUAUUGAUCAUCAGGAGAAGCUCAGAUUAGAUUCACAUUCAUAA